CUGCAAAGAUUGGGAAAUCGAUGGCUGGUUCUGAAGAUGAAGAUAUAUCACCACUUUGCGGCAAACCAUACUUUGAUUUCAUCCUCGGCCAGUCAAAUCUCGAGCCCAAGUAUUUGAUGUUUUUACCAGCAAAAAUAUGGCCAGAACUUGCUCCAGGUGAAGUUCCUGUAGUCCUCACUUGCCGUGGAAAGAAGUGGGACAUGUUCUGCUCCGGAGACAAUCAAAGGAGGUUUAUGCAAGGCUGGAAAAUUUUCGUGAAUGAUAAUAAUUUGAAGAUCGGAGAUGGACUUGUGUUUGAACUUCUGGAGUGCAGCAGAGCAAAAAUGACGUUCAAAGUUCAAAUUCUCAGAGGUGAUUUUCCGGCUGAAUUGAUCACUGAACCGGAGGAUGGUACUGCAGAAAAUCCAAUAGUUUUAUAGGUUGUAAUUUGUAAGUAUUUGGAAGAACUUUAAUUUGUUCCAUGCAGAAAAUAUUUCUACUUUGUUAGUUGUAGUAUUAACGUAUGUUGCACCAUAGGUGGAGGCAGCUUUUUCUUAUUUUCAUGAUCUCAAAGUACUGCAUGUUUUAUGGAUG